CUCAUUAAACACCUCACACAUCCUUUCGCUCUUGUUCUUCUCAUUGGACCUUUUUGUAUGCACAAUAGAUCCCUUACACUUGAAUUGCCACCCAUAUUCUUAACAUUCCCACCAUACUUAACCAAAACAACAAAAAGGUUCCCAGCACGUGUAAAAGCAGCCAAUUUCAACAACCAAAUUGAAAAUUAUCUUUCUUCCCGUAAUCGUCCCCCGCUUUCCUCACUACCACUGUAUGUAUCGUGUAUAUCAAAAAUCAGAUAUUCAUUCUUUGUUUCUUCUGUAAUUCCUCUCUCACAUUCACUACAAAUUAAUUCCUGCUUAAUUAUUGAGUCAUAAAAUUGAUGCAAUAGCUUUGGCUUUGCUUUCUUAUUAUUCCAUGCACGCCGAUCUGUCGAGUUUCAUUUACUCCACCCACUCACAAUCCAAGAACAUUAGUGUGUUAUUGGUUUUAGAAACUACGGUUUUCGAUGUUGAAGAAGAUCAUGAAAGGGCGAAAGCCCUCCAAAUCCGAUCCUAACGAUUCCUCUCUGUACGGAUUCAAUCAGCCCGGUGGUCGAAACCCGGGCCUAAAUGUGGUAGUAAAUCACGCCUCUCGGGUCGGACCGGGUCAACAGACUACAAGCCCGGGUGGGGCAGGGAUGUUGUCGACUCCGCCACCAAUGGGUAACAUUGAAGCGCUGCCGCUUUUUCGUGACGUGCCAGUUUCUGAUCGGCAGAAUUUGUUUUUGAAAAAACUUCAAGUUUGUUGUUUUAUAUUAGACUUUUCGGAUACUUUGAAAAGUGUUCUUGAAAAAGAGAUUAAGAGACAGACAUUACUGGAGCUUGUUGAUUUUAUUCAAUCUGGGUCAGGUAAAAUCACUGAGACUUGCCAAGAGGAGAUGGUUAAAAUGAUUUCGAUUAAUUUAUUUCGAUGUUUGCCUCCAGCCUCGCAUGAAAACACCGGGCAAGAAGCGGCUGAUCCGGAAGAUGAAGACCCAUAUUUAGAACCCUCUUGGCCUCAUUUGCAGCUUGUUUAUGAGUUGCUUUUGAGAUAUGUUGUGUCUUCUGAUACAGAUACUAAGAUUGCCAAAAGGUAUAUUGAUCAUUCGUUUGUGUUAAAAUUGCUUGAUUUGUUUGAUUCUGAGGACCCACGAGAAAGAGAGUAUUUGAAAACAAUUUUGCAUCGGAUUUAUGGCAAGUUUAUGGUUCAUCGUCCCUUUAUUAGAAAGGCAAUUAACAAUAUAUUCUAUCGAUUUAUAUAUGAGACUGAGAGGCAUAGUGGUAUGGGUGAGCUUUUAGAGAUUCUUGGCAGUAUAAUUAAUGGAUUUGCAUUGCCGAUGAAAGAAGAGCAUAAGUUGUUUCUUGUUCGAGCACUUAUACCGUUACAUAAGCCAAAACCUGUUGCUUUGUAUCAUCAACAACUGUCUUAUUGUAUUACUCAGUUUGUUGAAAAGGAUUACAAGCUAGCAGACACGGUCAUUAGAGGGUUGUUGAAGUACUGGCCUGUGACGAAUUGUCAGAAGGAAGUUCUCUUUCUUGGAGAACUUGAGGAAGUGCUAGAAGCUACGCAGGCUGCUGAAUUCCAGCGCUGCAUGGUUCCUCUUUUUAGACAGAUUGCCCGCUGCCUUAAUAGCGCUCAUUUUCAGGUUCCAAGCUUUUGUACACUUUCAAUUAGUAGGGUAUGGAGACUGCUAUUGUAUGGUAAACAAGACAACUUCAUGCUUUAUUUAUAAACUUGGGCAUAGAGUUGGAGAGCAAGUAAUUAGGUGCUAAAUGCCCUGAUAGUGUAAGGGUUAUAACUACAUACUGAUAAAGCACUCAUCAGAAGGGUCCAUUCCUGCAAGCACAUAAUGAGGAAGAAGAGUGAGGAGGCAGGAGCAGGAGCUGAAUUUAAAGGGAAAAAUAAGAAGAAUCGGGAAGCAGCUGGAAUUAUUGAGAAGGGACGAGAAGAAGCUGGAGCCACUGAGGAAGGUCAAGAAAUUUCCAGCAACCCCACUUGCAUGAGCAGGAAAAUUCUAGCACCCCACUUGCAUGACAGAUGGCUGCUCUGGAUUGGUGGCCUGUGCAGAAUUAGUUAGCAAAGAUGAGUAUAAAAUGGUGUGAAGAUGAGAAGGGAAGGAGGAAGUUUGGUAUUUGAAUUCUUGGAGGGAGCUGGCCUCUUGAACUGCCAGAGGAGUCUUGUUUAGGCUAUGUUUUUGCUGAUUCUUCUUUCUGUUAUUUCUGGAAUAGCUCAGAUUUUAGUCUCUGUUCAUUUUACAUUAAUAAACAUAUAUUCAGUGCA